AUGCCUGCUCAAUCGGGCGAGAAAGCGAUCCCACGGGGCGCGGUCGACAGAUUGCCGGCCGAGCUGGUGGAGAAGAUCGCGUCACUUUCUGGCGAUGAGAAGACGGUCUGGAGGAUGAUGGGAACGAGCAGGGGGUGGAGAGGACCGGCGGAGAUGGCGCUGCGGCCUUAUCUGGCGGAGAAGAUGGUUACAGUCAACCCAUCCUUGACGGAAACACGGGGAUGGGAGACUAUGUAUGAUAGCGUCGCCAUCCUCCAGCGUCACUGCCCCAAUAUCCACGACCUCACUGUAAACUUCAUCGGUUUCCACUAUUCGGCCGUGCCAAAACACAUCCAGCAGGAGCGUCUUCGGGACGCCCUCCGGAGCAUCAACCGCUUUUCGGCACUUACCGACUUGGCUCUAUACGGCGACUUUGUCUGGGACAUCCUGUCGGCCUUGCAGAGUCUGCAGGACUUCUUGCCAUAUCGACAAGCCUUGCACGGGGUGGCUCGGCUUGUCCUACAGGCGCCGCAGGAUCAAAGAGCUGAUUAUCCUCUUCCUGAUUUUAAGGAUCCGAAACCUUCUUUUCCCGCGCUGGAGGAGGUCUCCUGGGUCAUACACGCAGAUUACCGCCCCGUUUGGACGAUCACGGACGAGGACGACUCAUCGUCCCACAGCGACGUGGCCCCUCGGCCCCCUCGAUUGAACGGCGACGCUAAUUUACGAGCGCUUUUCGCACAAUACCCGACACUCCAACGUAUCCGGUGCGUCACGGACUUGCCGGACGACCCUCUGGCGCCCGGACACGCAAGGGACGGCGUCAGGCGAGUGGUUCGACGGCCGAGGAUAAGCGAUGGGGACAUUUGGCGCUCAGCGAGAUUGGGGAUCAGCCGGCGAGUACCCUCGCAUCCGGGCGAGCCUGCUGGAGGAACAUCUGGUGGGAUAUUGCGACUCGUCAAUGCGCUGGUGAGCGUGGCGGAUAUCCUGCGGGAGAAAGGGGAGCGGAGGGAUAUGAUUUUGGAGUCUCUGGAGAGUACGGAGGGGAUGUCAGAGAUGGAGAUGUUCGGGGGCUAUAGCGGGGACGUCUUUGAUGAUUUACGGCGGAAGAUCGCAGAGGAGGAUGAGGAGGAGGACGGGGUCACGUAUCCAGACGAUGAGUAA